AUGGGCCAUGCUGUCAUUCAGGGUCCUCCGCGGCAGAGCCGCACUGAACAUUUGUCCUCUCACACGACACACAGACAAACAAAGCAGAACACACGACACAUACACCGAACCAUGGCUGCAGGCAAUCGCAAAGAACGGCGAGCGAAAGAGGCGAACAAGACGACCCCUCACCCUUUCGAUCCCACCACCGAGCUCGAUGAAGACAGCGUCAAGAACAUCCUGAAGCAUCCAGAUCGCUCUGGGCCCAAGGGCAAGACCUUGUUUGAGCUGGCAGAAGAGCGACAACGAGAGCUAGAUGCAGAGAAGCCAAAGAGCACGCUCGUAGCGGCACAAGAAGCUCUCAAUGAGCCGGUUGGGGCCGUCGGAGAUGCUAUUCUAUACGCCAUAUCCAUGACCGCACUGCACCUGACGCUCGAUGUCAUUGUCUACAACCAAUACCGCGAAGCUAUCCUCUGGGAUGAGAUUUUCAAGCGAGCCGCCGCUGCCUCGCCUAUCUUCGCGAUCCUGGUCUAUCUUACACACGUCGAGUUUUCGUAUCGUUUUCCUGUUCUCCGCAACCUGGCAUUCCUGAUUGGGUCUAUUGCAGCCGGCUGCUACAUUGUUCACUCGGCAAACACCUAUGGUUACUUCUACGUCAUGAAGGCAGCACCUCCGGUCGGCGCACUCUGGGUUUGGAGUGUCAUCGAGACGAGUCUCCCCUGCGCCGCCGCCAACGUCGUCGCUGUGGCGGGGUACAUAUGGUGGAACAAGUUCGACUUCUUCUGA